GACUUUCAUAUGUUUUCGACCAAAUACAAAGAAAAAGAAAGGGAGCGUUUGGCUGUCUUUCUCUAGAGAGCUCUAAGCUUCAAGAGUUCAAAGAGAGAAAAAAGAAAUGGAGAUGUCGAGGCUUUGGUGAAAAAUGGAUUCACCAGAUAAAACCCAGAUCACUCCAACUCCUUCUCUUUCAAAAUUUGAGGAUUCACCUGUCUUUAAGUACAUCAACAGUCUUUCACCUAUUGAGCUAGCCAAGUUCAGGCAGACAGAUAAUGCUUUCAAUUCACUAGCUUUUUUGUCCCCUUCAUCUUUAUUUCCUUCCCCGCAGAUCAGUUGCCACAGGGAAUCCAGGUUUUCGGUUAAGAGGCAUCAUUUCUCAGCAGCUUCAAACUCUAGUGUCCUGCAGAGUAGUAAUGACUUAAAUUCUAAUGAAGGAGCUUCAAAAGCCAUUGAGCAAUCUGACUUCUAUGAUGAACAACCGGGAUGUCUCAAUAGUGGCAGUUCAUUCAAAGGAGUAAGUAGUGAUCGACUUGAUGAGCAAUCAGAUUUAGCAAUUGAGCUGCCAAGAACCUUGAAAUAUGAUUGUGGGAGCCCUGAUGGUAACUUGGAGCCUUGUGAUGAGAUACUGAAAAAUACAAGCGAGAAAGUCACAAGACAAGAAGGAUCUCCUUUCCAACACAAUAAGGAUGAAGGAGAAGAGAGACAACAGUCAUUUGAAAAUGAAAGAGAUUUGCGUAAAAUACGUCGAAUUAUGUGGAGUGAAGAAUCAACAGGGUGUGACUGGGUGGCAAUUGUUUCUGAUGUUGCUGAUUUGUUGACCAUGAAUUCAUCCAUCAUUAAUGAGAAUACUGAGGGUCAGGAUCGGAGAGCAGCAGACCCUGGGACAACCUCUUUUAUAUCAACUAUCCUGCAGUUCCCACUAGAUAAUUCCAAUAAUUUAGAAAGUACAGAAACUGGUGAUCCUAAUGGUUCCUGCAAACAAAGUGAAUUCAGAGAGCCAGUAACAGAUCAGACACCUGCCAUCCUGUCUACUUGUCUACUGGACAAGCUAGUAGUCAGUGAUUCAGGUUUGAACAAGGAUGAUGAGGGGGAGAAGUGCAACCUGUACAGCCAUCAGCAGCGUAGCAUACGACGGCGCUGUCUAGUAUUUGAGAAGUCACCUGGUUUUGGUUUGCACUUGAAUUCUCUUGCAAACACCUCAAAAGAUCAGAAUCCUCUUAGUAAAUUAACACCAAGCUCUAUGAAGAGGGGUGAGGUUCCCCAAUGCAACAAAGCUGUGGUUAAAGAGAAUUCUCCGGAGACACCUGCUACUGUUGGUGGCAAUGAGACUGACCUUAAUAGUCCUGAAAAGAAGAGGACAAAGUUUGAACAUGUGGAGGAGAAUGCAGCAUGCAAGCGCUGCAACUGUAAGAGGUCAAAAUGCUUGAAGCUUUAUUGCGACUGCUUUGCUGCUGGUCUGUACUGUAUUGAGCCUUGUUCAUGCCAAGAUUGCUUCAAUAAGCCAAUUCAUGAAAACAAGGUUCUAGAGACUCGCAGACAGAUUGAAUCUCGCAAUCCACUAGCAUUUGCUCCCAAAGUGAUUAGAAUCACGGACAGUGUUUCAGACUCCGGGGGUGAAACUAACAAAACUCCUGCUUCAGCCAGGCAUAAAAGAGGAUGCAAUUGUAAAAAAUCAAGUUGCUUAAAGAAAUACUGCGAAUGUUUUCAGGCUGGUGUUGGAUGCUCCCCCAGCUGUAGAUGUGAAGGUUGUAAAAAUAGAUUUGGUCAGAAGGGUGGAGGUGAUGAAUCUGAAUCUGAUGGGGAGGACUUAGAGACCUGUGAAAGGAAUGCAUCAGAGAAAAAUUCACACGACAUUGUAAUAAAUAGAAGUGAAGAGUAUCCAGAUCUUUCAGUACCUUCCUCUGAUUUAUCCAGGUUGCCAUUUGCUUUUAGUGGGAAGCUCUCAGGAUCUUUUCUCCAUUCUAUUAGGUUAUCUCCUCAGUUGUGCACCACUCAAGAACUAGGUUCAUCAGAUUCUUCCUCAUUUCGGCCCAAGUUUGAAUCACAUCUUCAGGCAAUUCCAGAAGAUAAAACUCCAGAGACUCUGAAACAUAAUUUGUCACCUGUUCUGGAAGCAACCUCCCCAAACUGCAAGAGGGUCUCACUUCCACAUCGUGAGUGCAGUUCAUCCAAUACGUGGCGUAGUAGGAAGUUGAUUCUGAGAUCAGUCCCUCCAUUUCCAUCAUUCUGUCAACCAUGAAAGCUGUGACUUUCCAGUUAGAGAACUCUUUAAAGGUUACCAUGUUCUUCAUGAUGCUGGUCUUCUCCAGCAAUGAGAUCUUGAGGCAAUUAUAUUCCAUAUUUAGUAAUGUACUUCCGGUCCACGAUCCAGUGCUUAAUGAUUAUGGCUCUUGAGCUUUCAAAUUUCAUAAAAGCACUGUAUUAUCUUUAGAAUGUGCUUUGUUUAUAAAAGUGAAAACUCUGUAAUACUAUUUUGUGUAUUUUUUUCUCCAUAAA